ACGUGCCUGAUUGGUCCGGCGUCCCGGGACAGAGAGCCUGAUUGGUCCGGCGAAAAAAACACAUGGAUAUCAAUGUACAUAUCAAUAUACAUCAUUUAUGGUUGGAUGUGGGCGUAUAGAUGGCGGGAUAUGAGGCUGAUCCACGUGCGCAGGUGGACUGUGAUUUAUGAAGGGAAACACGCAUGCGCGGCCACUUUCAAUUAGGAUCAUACACACUGAUUUAUAAAUGAGACACCACGUCUAGUGAUCCAUCUGACGUCAGUCUGACGUAGCCAUGUUACGUCACCAGGCUGUUCAACAUGGCGCCGCUCCGCUCCGGGCUCAGAGACAUCCAGAGACCGGCUGGACCCGCCUUCGCCCCGCCGCCGGCCGGAGCGCCGCGUGUCCCGGCGUGACGCUGCGGCUGUCCCGCUGUCCCGCUGUCCGAGGAGGAGCAGCCAGCAGCCGGCCUCGUUCCUGCCGAGCAGCGCCAACAGAAGAUCCGCAGAUAAACUAUCGAUAAGUUAUCGAUAACACGACCGGAAACCAGCGGCGUCAUCGUCAAAAUAAGACCGGUGAUAUAACCUAAUGGAUGAAAUUCAGUUUAUAACCUGCGGUUCCAUAAAUUAAAUUAAUCGUUCGAAAAAGUUCUUCACACCGUCGUGGAUGUUGGAGCGAAAUGGAACGAAGCGAUGACGCGUCGUCUCUACCGGCAACCGUAAACUACUCGGACGAGUCCUCGCCGCGUCAUCAUCCUCCUUCCUCCUCUGCUGAUGUCACCGCCUGGGGUCGCCCCACCUGUCCGGGCGUUCGGCGGGUCGCGUGUUUAGGAGACAGCGAGGAGGAGGAGGAGGAGUCAGACUCGCAUCACAGCCUGCGAGGACCAAUCAGACGCUGCCCUGAAGCCCGGGAGGCGGGUGAUGGUCAGGGGGCGAGGCCUAGUCCCGGUGAUGAUGUCACCCGAACAGACAGCACAGUGUGCUCACACAGCAUGGCGUCCUGCAGCGAGGGGUCAAAGGUUAAUCACUGUUACAGACUGGACACUGGUGGUCACUCUGGGGGCGGGGCUACUGGAGGCACUGACUGUCACACGCCGCCAUCGAAGGCAUCUAAGGUAAAUAUAAACCCUGUGACCCGCGAGUCAGACACUGACUCAGACACACAGGACGGGGAUUUGACCUUUGACCUUCAGGAGGUCAGUUCUGAUGACGAGACGUUCAUCACGGAGCCGCCGCCGCCACAGGGCGAGCUGAGCCUCCCGCCCGCCGCUUCCCGCUCCAGGAACACGUACGAGUGCGGCCGCAGGCAGAGCGCGCCGGGUCAGCUGGUGCAGGACGGGUCACAGGCCGAGCUGCAGUCCAGGAGGCCGGGCAUCGUCGACUACUUCAGCAGCAGGCAGCGGUCCGUCAGUCACAGCGUUCCCGGCUGGAAGUUGUUCGGUAAAGUUCCUCCCAGGCAGAUUCCCUCCAAACAUUCCCGGAUCAUCCAACAGGAGUACGAGGCUCGGCAGGUGGCGGCCCAGAGCUCUCCUACCCAGCAUGCAGUGGGGCAGCAGCAGAGCCGGAGGAACGUAGAGUUUGAGCCGCUGUCGACCACAGCCCUGAUCCUGGAGGACCGACCGCCGAAUCUUCCCGCCAAGUCAGCUGAGGAAACCCAGAGACACAGGCAGCAGUACGAGCAGAUGGUGGCUGGAGCUAAGAGGAGAGAGUUGAAGGAGGCUCAGAGGAGGCAGCAGCAGAUGAAGGAGCGUUUCAGACAGGAAGACGUCAUCGCCAACACAGCGCUGAUCUGGAACAAACACAUCCUGCCUCACUGGGACGCCAUGAAGUCAAGUCGGCGUGCUCGGGAUCUGUGGUGGGCGGGUUUACCCCCCAGCGUCCGGGGACGAGUGUGGAGCCUCGCCAUCGGCAACGAGCUCAACAUCACAGCAGAGCUGUAUGAGAUCUUCCUCUCCAGAGCGAAGGAGAAGUGGAGGAACCUCGGUGAGACUCAGGCUGACGCCGGAGCGCCGCCGGCCGACAGCGAGUCCAGUCUGCAGCUCAUCAGACGAGACGUUUCCAGGACGUUGGCGUCGCUGUGCGUCUUCCAGAAGGGCGGCCCCUAUCACGACCUGCUGCAAAGCAUUCUGGGAGCUUACACCUGCUACAGACCUGAUGUGGGAUAUAUGCAGGGGAUGGCGUCCCUGGCAGCCAUGUUGAUCCUGAACAUGGACGAGGUCGAAGCUUUCAUCAGCUUCUCCAACCUGAUCAAUAAACCCUGUCAGCUGACUUUCUACAGAGUGGACCACCAGCUGAUGUUCAGGUAUUUCGGGGCCUUCGAGGUUUUUUUCAAGGAGAAUCUUCCUCGUCUCUUCCUUCACUUCCAGUCGACAGGUGUGACCUCUGACCUCUACCUCAUGGACUGGGUCCUGUCUCUCUACACUAAGCCCCUCCCCCUGGACGUGGCGUGCAGAGUCUGGGACGUCUUCCUCCGGGACGGCGAGGAGUUCCUGUUCAGGACGGGUCUGGGAAUCCUGCGUCUCCAUCAGGACGUCCUGCUGCAGAUGGACCUCAUCAGCAUCGCUCAGUUCCUGGCCCGCCUCCCAGAUGAAGAGCUGCUCUCUGAUAGGCUGUUCUCCUGCAUCUCGGCCACGCCCAUGCUGAGCGGGAACAGGAAGUGGAUCCAGGUUUUGUCUUCCAGGUGCAGCAGCUGAACAAACCAGAACGCUCGAUGCUGUGAAAGAGGAAGUUCAGCAGGAAACCGGAACAUUUAGUUUGUAGAUAAGAAGCUGCUGGAUCCAGUUUCAUGACUCAUUAUAUUGAUGCUUUUAAUGUGAAAGCAACAAACAGCAUCUGCUCAAAUACCUGAAACUCUGCUGGAGGGAAUUAUUGAUCAGUGAUCAUGUUUUAGUGUUUUAGUGGACCAGUGAAUAAAUCUACCUCCUGAAGAUGUCUGGAAAUGCUUUACUGUGGAUAUUUGAAUUAAAAACACCAGGAAACCUCGUGAACUGGCUGCUCGUCUUUCUCUCCAUCAGGACAAACAUCAGCGUCUUUAAAUCUUCUUUGUAGAAGUUUUGAUCUUAUCAGGAGCUUCGUUAGACUUUCUGGAAAGAUCUCAGUGAAUAGAGAGGUGAAUAUUAAAGAUCAAUGUUCUAAUGGCUGCGUAAUAAAUAAAUAAAUAAAUACACGUAUUUCUUCUUCUCUGUUGCAUUAAAAUGUUGUAAAAAGAACAAACAACAACAACAUCUGUAUCUAUACGUCAAACAUGUUAUUUAUUUAUUUAAUUAAACUGUUUUAGUUUCAGACUUUAUGACUUCAUGAAAGUGAACUUAUUGUUUGUGAGUGAAUGUAUUUCUGUGUUAUUGAUCAACAUUAAUAAAACAAUCUUUUCUGAUA